GAUUAUCAAAUUUUUGAGGGUGGUAGUGGAGUGAUAGCAAAGUGCAAAAAACUAUCGAAAUGAGGUUAGAAAUCAGUCAAGUUUAGAAAAAUUAAAAAAUGCCAUUGACUUCGUUUGUGUAAAAACCAGUUUGCUACAUACAACAACAAUAACAAGGAUGCUUUUCAAUCCUACUUGAGCGUGGCAUUAACAAAUAAAUUGCAAAAUGUCUUCAAACCUUGAAGUCGAACCGGGGGCAGCUUCCGAAAGCGUCCUAGUUACAACAGAUUCUUUCGAGAAUUUUGAUCACAUGAGUUCAAGUCUCGAAGAAAUAAAAAAUUUAAAUGCAAUUGCAGAGAAUGAUGAAUCGAAUGUAGAAAACAGUAAUGUGGAAAAUUUUGAAGACCUUGCAGAAAAUGUUCCUUGUAAUAAUGAAGAUGAUGAUUUUAUACAAUCAAAAGAGUGGGCUACUAGAAGUAAACACGUGUUUGUUCUUAGCUUAGCUGGGAAACCUAUUUAUUCAAGAUAUGGUAAUGAAGACAAACUCGCAUGGUUGUUUGGAGUAAUGCAGACUUUGGUCAGUUUUGUCCAGUCAAAUGAUGACACUAUUAGAAGUAUACAUGCUGGGGACACCAAGUUUGUCUUCUUAGUCAAGAAGCCAUUAAUUUUAGUUGCUGUAUCCAGAACACAAGAAACUGUUAACCAGUUGUCUUCACAACUAAAUUAUGUUUUCAAUCAAAUUGCUAGUGUUCUCACAUUAACUAGACUGAAUAAAAUAUAUGAGCAGCGACAAAACUAUGACCUAAGAAGGCUUUUAGCAGGAGUUGAAAGACUUAUUGAUCAUUUAUUAGAUUUUUCUGAAAGAGAACCCUCUUUCACUCUAGGAGCUGUGCAGUGUCUAUCUUUGGCUUCUUCUGUUAGGGAUAAUAUCAGUUCAGCUAUUGUAGGGGCUUGCAGCAAAAUCAAAAACAUAGUGUUUGCCAUACUUUUGGCAAACAACAAGCUGAUAACAUUAGUGCGAAUGAAAAAAUACUGCUUACACCCUGCUGAUCUUCAUUUAAUAUUUAACCUAGUGCAAGCAUCUGAAAGUUUAAAAACAGCAGAAAGUUGGACACCUUUAUGCCUUCCAAGAUUUGAUGCUAGUGGUUUUUUGUAUGGUCAUGUAUCCUACUUAUCUGAAGAUUGUCAAGCUUGUUUAUUACUUCUCACUGUAGAAAGAGAUGUUUUUUUCACUCUCAGUGAAGCUAAACAACGUAUUGUUGAAAAAUUAAGACGUAAUAACUGCUUAGAGGCUAUUAAUGAGUCACUAAAUGCAACAGAGGAAACUUGCAUUGUUGCUGGUUUUCCUGAACUUAGACACUAUUUGUAUAAGUGUAAAAGUACAGCACAAUUUUACCAACCAAGUUUAAGCCCACCAUACACCAAGUACCAUGAGAGAUUAACUAAUUUGUACAAAAGGGCUCAUCAGCUAUUGCAUUGUUCCACACGCCCACUAAAGUUACUAUUUGAAAAAAGUUCCAAUGAAGCUAUCCUAGCUUGGGAUACUAGAGGAUUUGAACUUUAUGUAGUGUUUGAGCCUCUUGUUGACACUAAUAGCGCUAUUAAUUCAGUAGGGCGGCUUUUAAAUUGGAUUAAAAAAAGGGAAGAAAAGUUGUUUCAUCUUAAUGCUCCCACUUUUUAGGAUCCCUGUUGUAACUUAAGUGUAUAUAAUAUAAAUAUGUAAAUUCAAGAGAAAGUUUAAUGAUAUAGGUAUAAUCUGUGAUAUUCACAAU